GUCAGUGGCAUGUUCUAACUGCGUUUCCUCCCUGUCAUCUCAUCUCAGCCUUUAUUAUUCUUCGCAUUCAGACAUACUAGAUAUUGGGAUAUUCUUGAAGCAUGUUCCAGUCUGUCUCAAGUUCCCGAUCCCCGCUACAAUCAUGACAUCCGGUCGUCUUCUGAACGGCGCCAUCUCCAGUCAUGCCCCUCUAAGCGGCACCUCAACCCCUGCUACAAAGCCCUUCAAUAUUCUCAAAUUUGGCGGUCUGUACACCCGCUCUGAGUUUUCGUGACCGAGUGUCUGACCUUUCCCAGGCACAAGCGUUGGAAAAUUUCCCGAAGAUAUUGUCAACGUAGUCAAAACUAGUUUACAACAAAGCGAUGUGGCUAUUGUCUGUUCAGCGAGAUCUAGCAGUACGAAAGCUGCCGGCACCACCAACAGAUUACUGCGCGCCGCCACAGAAGCAGAAAAUCACAAAAGUUACGAUUAUAAGCGUUUGAUCGAAGAUGUCCGGCUCGACCAUCUCGAAACGGCCGAUACUUUUAUUCAGUCCGAGGUUAUCCGUUCUCGGUUCAAAGAAGAGGUUGAGGAGGAGUGUAAUUUAGUCGCCCGCAUACUCGAAGCUGCCCAGACAUUGGGCGAGACCAGCCCCAGGUCGAGAGACAAGGUCAUGAGCACGGGCGAAAAAUUGAGCUGCCGAUUCAUGACUGCUUUGCUACAAGACAGAGAUGUCGAGGCCACGUACAUUGACCUCGCUGAUAUCAUCGACUUCAAGGUUCCGCACAGUCUGGAUCAGCAAUUUUAUGACAAUGUGGCAGCCGCUUUACACAGAAAGUUGGAGAAUAUCUCGGGCAAAGUGCCUGUCAUCACCGGCUAUUUUGGCUCUAUCCCUCGCGGCCUUCUCACUACGGUUGGUCGAGGCUAUACCGAUCUUUGUGCCGCUUUGGUUGCUGUAGGAACUCGAGCGCAUGAAUUGCAGAUCUGGAAAGAAGUGGAUGGAAUCUUCACUGCCGACCCUCGAAAGGUCCCUACUGCCCAGUUGAUCCCUCAGAUCAGCCCAGCUGAAGCAGCCGAACUUACAUUCUAUGGUUCUGAGGUCAUACAUCCCUCCACCAUGGACCAGGUCAUUCGAGCACGGAUCCCCAUCAGGAUCAAGAACGUGAUGAAUCCUCGCGGGAGCGGCACUAUCAUUUACCCCGACUCGCCAUCAGAGUUGAGCUCCGCCUCGUCAGGCCACGACCCCAAACUGUUCAGGUCACGAAGCACGAGCUACUUGGCCGAGAGUCAAGGACCCAAGCGGCCAACGGCGGUGACGAUGAAACACAAGAUUCUCGUGAUGAACAUCCACUCCAACAGAAGAUCCUUGUCACAUGGCUUCUUUGCCGGCAUUUUCGCCACUCUGGACAAGUGGCGCUUGUCGGUCGAUGUUAUCUCGACUAGCGAGGUCAACAUGUCUAUGGCCCUCCAUUCAGAAGCUCCGCUGUACACCGGUGGAGGCGAUGAUGAAUACCAGAUUGUGGACCAGGACUUACGGGGUGCUAUCGAAGAGCUCCAAAGCUUUGGCACGGUGGACGUCAUCCCGGAGAUGGCUAUCGUCAGCCUGGUUGGGAAGCAAAUGAAGAAUAUGGUCGGAGUCGCAGGCAAGAUGUUUGCCACGCUGGGCGAGGCCAACGUCAACAUCGAGAUGAUCUCGCAAGGAGCCAGUGAGAUCAACAUUACCUGCGUCAUCGAAGAGCGAGACGCGGACCGGGCGUUGAACAUUUUGCACACAAAUCUAUUCACUUUCCUGGAUACAUGAAGCAAUGGGUCUCGUACGGUUAGAAGCGAAGAAGCGGCAUUUGGGGGCGUUUGAGCGGACCAGACCGAAAUCUUCCUGAAUACUUGGACAUUGAUCUACCCGGUAAUCAAAAACGGAACUUGUCAGCAAGCAUUUUGGUGUGGAAUGACCAGAUUUGGCUGGCUCAUAAAAUCUCGCGGUGGAAAUGCCACAGAUUGGCUCGGGAAUUAUAUCUUGAUUUGACAGCAAAGAAGCAGCGCCAGCAGCUGAGAAUACUUGCGCCAGACAUGACUUGAUCAGACGGAUGUGUCUGGAUCAGCAUUGCCACGGAUGAAUAGUGGGUUCUGACAGACGUCAAAUAGAAAGCACUUUGAACCCACCCCUGUCACACCUCCACAAGUGAAGUCGGGAAUGUCAGUGACAGUUCAAGCGGAACAGCCAGACAGCUUUCAAAUCCCAUGCGGAAGAUCAGGCAGCUUCAACGAAGUCUCGUGAUAGCGGUCGUCUUCAACCCCAUCGAUAGAUAGUCCGGCGACAUGGAUGGCUAGGGAACAGGAAUCGACCUCGGAUACUAAGAGGAGUGCGGGCUCAGGAAGUGGGCUGUUCAUUGCAAGCGACAUCCGGAAACUGCAGGACGCGUCGCGGGUCAGAGACAUGAAGAAGUUGGUAGUGGAAUCUAUUGUGUAGUUGAGUACAGCCACGAUAGCCAACUAUCACCCACCAGUGGCGUAGCCAAUGAGACAGGGCGG